CGGGCCAAGCCCAGCUGCUAUAAAAGGGAGCCGACACUCAGCCCUGCAUAUCCUCUGUCAACUCUGUUUCGGGGAGACCUGCUAGGACAAAUCUUUGGGCACCAUGCUGACAGACCUGGAGAAUGCCAUGGACUCCCUCAUUGACGUCUACCACAAGUACUCCCUGAAGAAAGGGAAUUACCAUUCCGUCUAUAAGGACGACUUGAAAAGAUUGUUAGAGACAGAGUGUCCUCACUACACAAAGGAAAAGGAUGCACUCACGUGGUUCAAAGAGUUGGACGUCAAUAGAGAUGGUGCCAUUAACUUCGAGGAGUUCUUCAUCCUGGUGAUCAAGGUGGGCCUGGAAGCCCAUAAAAAGAGCCACCAGGGGUAGCAGAGCGGUGGCCGCUGG